ACAUGUCAUAUGGGCUUCGACGCCGUAUCCUCCCGAAAAGAAGAAAAGUGGACAUGCCACUAUUCCUGAUCUUUCUUUCACACUUGAACAUAGUAAUACACUCACACAUAUGUAUAUAUAUAUAUAUGGGCUGUGCAUGUUGUUGCCAUAUGCCCACAGCAGCUAGUCUGGAAACCUCCUGGUCCUGCCCAUAUAUUGGUUUUCUUGUACAUAUUUGUACGAGAAUUUAAGAAACUCUCUAGUUUCUACUCCGUGCAUCUCUGAUAUCGAUCCUCUUCCUCUCCUUCUCGGUCGGCGCCAACUUUCCUGCCUUUUGGGAGGGGAGGAGGCCGAUAUAUGUGAGUAGUAUUAUAGUAAUAAAAUGCCUUCACGAGCAAAUAAUGAAAGAGCUGCGCGUGAUGGUAUGUAUAAGUGGCUAAGCCUGGUGGCAGCGAUAUGGCUGCAGUCAAUCACCGGAACCAACACCAACUUCCCGGCGUACUCCUCUCAUCUGAAGCAGGUGAUGUCUAUCUCCCAGGUUCAGCUCAACAACCUGGCCUUUGCCAAUGAUGCUGGCAAGCUCUUCGGGUGGCUCUCUGGGAUCGCCGCCCUAUAUCUGCCCCUCUGGGUGGUCCUCCUCAUGGGCGCCUUUCUCGGCUUGCUCAGUUAUGGCUUGCAGUACCUCUUCCUCUCUGGCCAGAUCCCCACGGCCGAGCUAUCCUACCCGCUUAUCUUCUUCCUCACUGUGUUGGCUGGCAACAGCAUCUGCUGGCUUAACACGGUGUGCUACAUAGUCGUCAUCGGUUGUUUCCCUUCCAGAAGUCGACAGGUGGCUGUUGGGCUAUCCACAAGCUACCAGGGUCUCAGUGCCAAUAUUUACACCGACAUAGUCGACGUGGUAGCACCAGCACGAACAUCUGCAGCAUCCCCUCAGAUGCCUCCACCCAUGGCGGGAAGAAGAGCCAACACCUACCUCCUCCUUAAUUCCAUCCUGCCCGCCAUUGUCUCAGCAGUGACUGCACCCUUUGUCAAGGACAACAUGGCUAGGUGUGGCUCGGAAGAUGCGGAUGAUCCUAAUUAUCUUCACCAUCAUGACCAUCAGAAUGAUAGUCGCUGUUGCAAUGAUGAUGAAGAAGGUGCCAGUGGACUAUUUGGCGUGUUGUUUGCAAUAACGAUAGCCACCGGAAUCUUCGCGGUGAUUAGUAGCCUGGGAACAAUCUCGACUGGAAUAUCACCAGUGUACGAUGUCGUUGGAAUGGGGUUGUUAUUACUGGCCCCACUCGUAAUUCCGCUGACAGCGACCAUCAGAGGGUCAUGGUUAGGCCGGUGGUGGGCCAACAGACAGCAGAGGACACAGAUACAUGAUCUUGCCACAUCUGGACCUGAAACCGGCAACGGACAUCAUCUAGGUAGUGGGGAGAGUGCACUAGUUAUCAUGAAAGAAGGGGACGGUCAGGUGCAGAGGCAGCAGCAGGCCGCUGGUGGGUUAGCGCCAGCAGCUCAUGAUCAAGCAAUUCUUGAGUCAGGAUAUGGUGAUCACUGUGGGAAUAUCAGCAGUGCUAGGGAGGAUGUCGGGGUGAAAUUGAUGCUGAGAAGAAUGGAUUUUUGGCUAUAUUUCUUCAUGUAUAUGUGCGGUGCAACUCUGGGACUGGUGUACCUCAAUAACUUGGGACAGAUCACAGAAUCCAGGGGUUCAUCCAGAACAUCUUCCCUCGUAUCGUUAUCUUCUGCUUUCAGCUUCUUCGGCCGCCUCCUGCCUUCUCUCCUCGAUUACCUCUUCUACAGACAGAAGUACAUGAUCUCAAGACCGGCAUGCGUGGUCGCAUUGAUGGUCCCGAUGACAGGGUCCUUUUUCCUGCUGCUCAACUCUAGCAAUCUAUGCCUCUACAUCAGCACUGCAGUAAUUGGCGUUUGCACCGGAGCCAUCACGUCCAUCGCUGUAUCAAUAACCACAGAGCUAUUCGGAACCAAGAAUUUUGGUGUAAACCACAAUGUUCUGGUAGCAAACAUCCCGAUAGGGUCAUUUGUCUUCGGCUAUUUAGCAGCUGUUCUGUACCGUCGAGAAGGGAAUGGAGAUGGGAAAUGCAUCGGAAUGGAAUGCUAUCGCAAUAGCUUCAUCAUCUGGGGUAGCCUCUGCUUCCUCGGUACAAACCUGGCUUUGUUACUCUACGCUCGCUCACGUAGCUUUUACUCCCAAAGAUCAACCGGACAGCAACAGUAAAUAGAUUAUAAAGACGACCAACGAUUUCUUCGUCAAACGAUGUAUUUUUGGAUUCUGAUAGUCCGAAAGUAGUAUAGUUCGAAUUGGACUCUCAUGCGUCCCCGUACGUUUAACUUUAUUAAUCAGCGUAGAUACUUCUUCGUCCGAACAUAUAUUAUAUUAUUGAUACUGGCGAUAGCAUGACGCAAUA